GUAGUCAGAUAACGGCUUAGAGUUAUAAAUAUGGAAGAAAGCGAAGGAUGUCAGCAAUCAAGUAGGGAGGAUGUGGUUCCUGAGACUAAUAUGACACGCCACAAACGGAAAAUAAUAAAACCGCAACGCGACUACGAUCCACAGAAAGGAACGUGGACAACAGAAGAAAAAUCUCGUUUUCUGAAGGCACUUAAGAAACAUGGAUGUUUAAAUAUAACAGCUAUACAGAGAGAAGUCCAAACGAAAAGUGAAGAGAGCAUUAAGUUAUUUAUUAGUCACUGUAGUAAGAAUGCGCGUUACUUAAUGGAAAAACGCUCAGACGCAUAUUCAAAGAAAAACAAAAGUUUUGCAGUGUGUUGUAAACACAAGAAAAUAAAGUCUGCUGUUACAGAUGAAGCUAUUGAUCAGUGGCUUCAACGUUUUCAUGCUGCAGAACCACCUGGUUAUACUGAAAUAAAGGCUUUACCAAUAGCAAGAGCGUUUCUGUAUAUUUCAAAAUUUGAGGAGCAUCCAGACCCAAAGAGUUGUAAAGGAGUUGACUUCAAAAGUCUGUAUGAAACCUUAUAUUAUAUGUUUUGUGGUCUGCCUGGGAAGCAACUUAAUAAAGAAACGGUGGAGUUCUUCAACAAAACAAUAGAUCAGUUGUCAAAACUUGUUAUGACAUCACCAAUGGCAGAGAGAUCGGAUGUCUUGAGGAAUGUAGCAAGAAUUAAUUACCCACCAUCAGGUAGAGUUCGAAAGUAUCCGGGUAAAAAACAAAUGGCAUCACAUGAACAGGAAGAUUUUCUUUUAGAAUUACAAGGCUACAAUCCUUUAAGACUACCUCGUCAUUACCUGUCCUUCAAUGAGACGCUUGAAGAAACACCACCUCCUGAGAGUCGUGCUGAGGUGAAGAUGGAGUCUGUGGAAAUUCCUGCAUGUUCUAUAUUCAGUUAACAGUUUUGUUAUGUAUGUAUAAUCUUACUGUAUGAAUCCUCAAAGUGUAUGUAUGUAACAUAAAUUCCUGUUUUCUCUUGUACCUCUCCACCUAUUUUUUCAGUUUUAUCUAAUUCGGUACUACUAAAUUAUCAUUAUAUAAAGUUAUGUUUUGGAGAGAUAUUUUGUAAAUAAAUGUUCUCAUGUGGAUGAGUAUGUAUGUGUAAUAGUGAACUUUUCUGUUGAUCAUAUGUGAAUUUGAAUUGUCUCCUCUUGUAAUACCUUCUGUUGGUGUUCUCAGAAAUGUAGUGUGUAGUUGCAGGAAUGUAUAUUCACUGACACAUUUCAAUUAAUUUCAUUCCAUUGAUCAUAUUUUCAGUUCAUUCUGUGGAUACAUUGUAGAUAAUGGUCAUUAUGUAUAUAUAUCUACAUGAGUAAGAUCUACUGAAUAUUAUAAAACUCUGCUAUUGUGCUACAACUCAUUCAAGACUAAAGUUUCAGCAUAAGAAAGUAAUGCUAAAGUUUGAAGGAGACUGUCUGAACAAGCAUAACAACAUUAAUAAUAAUAAUAAUAAUAAUAAUAAUAAUAAUAAUAAUAAUUGCUUUCUGUGUUAUAUCAGAUUGUCAUUGUCUGACUACAUCGUGUUGCAUGAACAGUUUUCGUUGUUGAAUUUGGGCAGUGACACAACAAAACAUAAUAAACAUAGUAGUGAUAAUCGUGUUGCUUGUCUGAGUCUGGCUCCAGAGAUGCCAGAGUUACCAGAAAGAAAUGCUACAGCACAGACCGUACAAUCCAGUUUUUUUUUAUUAAAAAGACUACAUUCGAGUUUCAGUGCAUCCACUCUUCAAACACUGGUGCUUAACUAUUCGUUAAAUGAUGCAGUGAGUUGUAAUUUUGUCCUCUCUGGAUUUGUGAAUGUAAUCAUUAUUAACAACUAUAAAACAAGUGUGGUAAUGGAAUGAAACCUUAAUGACCUAUGAAUAAAAAAACUUGAGUUUGCUACCUUGUAA